UCGUUCAUUUCAUUCAUUGGCGGCCAUUGUGGUUUACUUUGUUUUGUCAAAUUGUGAAAAACCCAAAUCAUUAAUUAGAUCGUUUUUUAAGGUUAAAAUCUUGCUUAUUUUACUUUAAUUUGUGAAGACGGUGCUAUUAGCAUUAUAAUUAAUAUUUUACAUGAUAAGUAUAGUGUUAUAAGUAGUAUAAUGUCUGAAGUUGAAGAGUACAGCCAGCAAAAGCCUGCAAAGACGGGCAAGCAGCAUAAUAUAUUACCAAUAUGGGGUAAUGAACAAACUAUGAACCUGAACCCACUAAUAUUAGCAAAUAUACAGGGCUCUAGCUACUUCAAAGUACACCUGUUCAAGUUGAAGACAUACCAUGAGGUGGUGGAUGAGAUCUACUACCAGGUGAAGCACCUGGAGCCAUGGGAGAGAGGGAGCCGCAAGACUGCCGGCCAGACGGGCAUGUGUGGCGGCGUUCGUGGUGUGGGUGCCGGUGGCAUUGUGUCCACUGCAUUCUGUCUUCUGUACAAACUGUACACUCUACGGCUCACUCGUAAACAGGUCAAUGGCCUGUUGCAGCAUUCUGACUCCCCCUACAUCAGAGCACUUGGAUUUAUGUACAUUCGCUACACACAACCACCAGCAGAUCUCUUCGACUGGUAUGCAGACUACUUAGAUGAUGAAGAGGAAAUAGACCCUCGUGCUGGAGGUGGAGGCUCCACAACCAUCGGUGCCUUGGUGAGACAGAUGCUCAUCAAACUGGACUGGUUCAGCACAUUAUUCCCCAGAAUACCAGUACCCAUACAGAAGCAGAUUGAACAGAAGUUAGCAGAGCACAAUAGGCAGACAUCAGCCACGAAGCCUGCAGCCAACUAUCGCGGUGGAGGUGGUAACAGCAGCAAUGGUGGAAAUAGUGCGGGCAGCGGGGGUGGGACUGGUGCCUACAACCCUAGCAGGAUGGACUCCGACCGAAGAGAGCACGACGAUCGAGAUAGACGAGAUUAUGGAGAGAGCGACAGGUAUUCAAAAGACAGAAUGAGACGCGACGAUCGCGAGAAUCGAGACCGUGAUCGCGAACGUGAUAGAGAGCGCGAUCGCGGCGACCGCGAUAGAGAUCGUGAUCGGGAACGCGAACGAGAUCGCAGGGAUCGAGACCGUCGCGACCGCCACCGUGAUAGAUCGCGGUCACGUGACCGACAGCGUCAUCGAUCGCGGUCUAGGGAUCGCCGCUUUAGAUAAUGUUCAGCAAAAUAUAGAUGAUUUAUUAUUGUGUCCUUCCUUACAAAUGAAUAAUAAUGAUGUUCUGAAUUUU